AUGCUCUGUCCCGAGUUAUAUGCCCAAAUAGGAAAGACAAAUUAUAGGGACGAAAGCUUAAUUCAUAUUGUAAAUUUCGCUACUAAAUGGCCAUUAGCUUACAGAAAACUGUUUCAGAGAAAUAGAACAGUAAAUAUAGAAGGAAUACAAGGGAAACAACUCGCAGGUGACGAGUGGGUUGAAGACCAUCUUGUUUACCCAGUGAAAAAGUAUGCCAAAGGCCAAACGUCUUUCUCCGUUUUAGAAAUGAUGUCAUGCAGUUCAAAUUUGUUGGAGCUGGAUAGAAAGAUGUAUAAAUCCCGCGAGGCGUUCAACAUUCACAGAACAAGAAGGCACUGUAUACCCCCAUCACUGUAUGACCAACUAAAGGUAGCCCAGUUUGCUUCAAAGGAAGAGUGGUUUGUGGUUAAAGGCCGUACUGUGGUUUAUAAAUACGCUUGGGGUGAGAAUACGUUAAAGGGAGGAGAAGCAGUUUCAUCCAGAUACAUUAACGCUAGAACGAAGGGAAAAGAAAAACUACAGUUAGAAUUUCUUUCCUUUCUUCACAGAAAAUUCCCAAAUGAAAUGAAGUAG